AUGCCAUGCUUGCAACGAUUAGCAUUAAAUCUAUGUACAGAAGAUAUAAAUCUUGUUACUGGACAUAAUCUCUGUCGAAUUUUACCAUCCACAUGCGUAGAAAUUCAUUUAUUCAUUAUUGAUUACUUUGACAGUUUCAAUAUUAAAAUAGGCACAUUGCUUUCAACGUGGCCAAAUCAGAUGCAAGUAACACGUUCGCUCGAAAAGCAGAACAACGAUAUAGUGAUACAUACAAUUCCUUGCAAGUUACCGUCCAUUAUCAUUUCAUCAAAAAUCGCCAAUGGUAUGUUAAUUGGUUCGAAAUACACAAGAGAAGUGAAAGCUUUAGAAAUAUAUGGCGAACACCAUUUAACUGAUAUUCAUUUGAUCGUACAAUACUUUCAACGAAUUCGAACACCCGCACUUGGCUCAAACAAUGACACAGAACCACGUAAAUAUCUGGCAUGA